UUCGGACGCCUCUCUACACACACAACCCAUGAUUUGCACAGAUUGACAGACCCAAAAAAACACACAAAAGAAGUGAGCGUGUGUCGGAUUUUCCCGUUUGACAUUCCUGCAGGAUUUUCCUCGAUAGCCAAUCCGUGUGGAAAUUCCGCUUCUAUUGAAACAUUUUCUUUUGUGAUUUUUCGUAUCCUGAGACUUUCGAGGAAUAUAAAAUAUUAACAAUGGUUUGUGGCGGCUUUGUCAGAAGUAAUCCGCUGUUUCUUUGGCGGUGAUAUAUUAUUAUAAACAGAAACAUUCCAUGUACAGUAUAGUGAGCAAAUUCGAGAACCGACUCCAGACUGUUGUCAGAAUGUGCUGGACUAGUUUAUCCAUCUAGUAUUUCGAGCCACAAACGGCCACAGUCAGGGAAAUAUUCCACUUCGCCGGACUAGCAGACGUGGUUUACCGGCGGUUUGAGUUCGAGUCCGUCCCCUCAACAUGGGAGCCAACCAAUCCAACGGCGAUGACGUCAUGUACCACGCGGGGAGCUCUGGUCAGUUCACGAGGGCUGGUCACUACAGAGUGCCAGACGGACACAAGAAAAGUAAAGCCAAACCCGGCCCCCCGCCCCGCCCCACGGUCACGUCCGUCACUCACAGCUCCGCCCACAUCUCGUGGGCCCCGCCCCGCCACACCCACGGCCAUGACGUCAUCGCCUACACAGUGGAGAUGUGCGGGGUGGCAGGCGGCGGGAACAGUGACGUCAUAGCCCCGGGAGACAGGGAGUGGCGGGUACUCACCAAGAACUGCCAGAGCACGCGCUAUGACGCGCGCUACCUGACCCCGGACUCCGCCUACACCUUUCGCGUGAGAGCAGAGAAUGUCUACGGCACGGGCAAACCCAGCGCGCCCUCUGAACCCGCCACCACCAAGAUGUUUGAAUCUCAGACUGACCCCUCCAUUGGUGUAGACGCUGACCAGACCAGCUACGGGCUGGAGAAUGGGGUCAAGGUCAAGGACAAGUCGGCCGGCGGUCUUCACAGACGACACAGCUUCAACAUGCACCUGGACGGAGCGGUCACCUCUAUACUCAACCACUCGGACAUCGUCCUGGCCAGCCCCUCCCCCUCCUCCUCUUUUUCCUCCACCCUCGCCCACGACCGGUCGGAAAGGUCAGGGUCACUCACUCGACAUCACGUGAGUCGGACGUCCUUGACCUCCGGCCGGAAGUCCGCCACGCCCAUCAUGCUGCCGGGCACGGGAACCGAUUCUCUGAACCGACUCCGCGAGUCGAGAAACAGUCUCCGAGCCAGCACUUCCGACUACGGCGUGUCGUCAACCAUAGGCCGAGAGCCGGGCAAGACUCGGUUCCGCGAGUCCCGGAGCAGUAUCGGUUCCAGUAUAUCCGACAUACAGAGUCCUGCCUCUAUCGCCGGGGACGAGUCGCGGAAGAGACAGCGCGGGUCACGUGGUAGUCUCCGCUCCAGCACCUCUGACCUCACCGUCUCCCACUCCAACAACGGCGGCAGCAGCAGCAACAGCAACUCUCGGGAGGGAAGUCUGUGCGACUGCAGCGCCAUCUCUGACAGCUACAACCAUGAGGUUGGUCACGCGCUGACCAACGGAGACUCACACAGGGACAGGAGGCACGCGCUGACCAACGGCGACUCACACAGAGACGGGAGACACGCACUGAGCAACGGAGACUCACACAGAGACGGGAGGCACGCGCUCACCAACGGAGACUCACACAGGAGCGAAAGACGCUCAGAGGAAUACCCCGUACACUAUCAUAAUGUGAACAACAACAACAACAAUAAUAAUAAGUACAAUAAUAUCUGUAACAAUGUGUCAUCCCACUCGGCCUCGGAUGUUAUCGGAGACUACGAGAGUUGUAAACUCGGACAUAACGACAUACGACACAACGACGACACGCGACACCCUAACAACAUCGGUGUUGGUGGUGGAGAUGAUGAUGACGAUGACGAUGAUAUCGCCCGGUUCAAAGAAGGACUGCGGAAGUUAGAUCUGCAAGACGGAAAACUCAAACUGGAGGAACUCCGGGACAAACUACGCGUGUCUGACGUCACACUGUCCGGCUCUGACGUCACAUUCUCCCAGUGUCCCGCCACCAGGGGCUACUAUGACAGUCUAGAGAACCCCUGGGAGAGAGUGACCUCCCCUGACGGCGUCUCGCAGCGGAUCCUGGCCGCACCAUUUUGUGACGACAUCAAGAUGGCGCUGUACGCGCGGAACCUGUCAGACGGGGAGAUAUCUCUGGACUCACACUCCCUCUCCUCCUCCUCCAAUCACAGCGCCGAGUCGGACAACGAGGCCGGCGACUUCCGGACCCUGAGGAGUGUGCUACAGUCCAACAACAUGCUGGUCAAGACGUCACGUGCUCAGCCCGAGCUUAUGGGCGUGGUCAUGGCGGACACAGGGGAGGCCCGGGUGUUGACCAGGGGUCGCUUGACCACCAUAGUGGACGCUGACGAGGAGGACGAGACGGUCAGAGUGACCACGCUUUGAGUACGGACUUGUGAACACACAGGGAUGAACAAGCAAAUGAACAAACACAUUUCCUUACGUUUGUGGAUAAAGAACUAUGUGGGAUAAUGAUAUGCAGCACACACUGCCUUUAUAGGGUCGCUUUUAAGGACAAGCGGGCUAACCCAGAUUUCGGGGGUUUCCAGAAAUCUUGACUUACGCCAAAAGUG